AUGCAUGAGAUCAUCACAUUGCAAUUCGGCCAGCAGGCGAACUACAUCGGCACUCACUACUGGAAUAUCCAAGAGUCCUACUUCACGUAUCCAGGCCAGGCGGAGUCGCCGGUAAACCACGAUGUAUCCUUUCGCGCCGGUAUCGGCGCCAACGGCGAAGAUACCUACACGCCACGAACACUCAUCUAUGAUCUAAAGGGUGCAUUCGGCACGCUCAGACGCGAGAAUGCGCUUUACGAGCUCCAGCGCCAGGAAGGCCAGAGUCAGGCCCAGCGAGGCGGAUGGAGUGGCGUGACCGUGCCUUUGCAGCUCCCGCCCAUCGCGCCGAGCAGCUAUCAACAGGCGCUUGACCAAGGUGUCCAGCCACCACAAUUGACAGCGGAGACUGUACGCUACUGGUCGGAUUAUAACCACUUGUUCUACCAUCCGCGGAGCGUCGUUCAGCUCAAUGAGUAUGAGCUGAAUAGCUCAUUGAUGCCUUUCGAGCGAUGGUCCAGCGGCGAGGAUCUGUUUUCCAGCUUGGACCGUGAGCAUGAUCUUCUGGACCGAGACCUCAGACCUUUUCUGGAAGAGUGCGACCAGCUGCAAGGCCUGCAGGUACUGACGGGUAUCGACGAUGCGUGGGGUGGCUUCGCAGCACGGUAUCUUGAAAGAAUUGCAGACGAUCUUGGCAAAGGGUGUCGAUGGGUUUUUGGACUAUCCGAAGGGAAACGAACGGCGCGAGAGCGGCAGAUGUUGCAGCUGGUCAAUACUGCGCAGUCGCUGCACACUAUAAACAGUUGCGCUAGCAUGCACUUACCGCUAACUUCGCUACCUUCGUCGCUGCCCUCGUACGCCUCGAUCAAUGCGGACAGCCGAUGGCAUACUUCUGCGGUGCAAGCGGCUCUUGUGGAAUCUGUCACUCUGCCGAUGCGCUUGGGUCAGGCGCAGAGUGGUAGCAGCACAUUCGCUGCGCUUGAGACAACCUUAAACAAUGACGGCAACCGGCGCAUUGCAGAAACUGGCCUUACGGUUGAAGCUCCGGUGGACUCAGAAGGCGCUAUGCAGCUUAACGACGCGCGGAUGGACAUGAACUUCUUCCCGAGUAUGACGGUUGGUUCGUCCGCUCGAUCGGCUAUUUCAAGGUCGCACGUCUUCAGCGUUGCAAGUAUCAUGCGUGGAAAUUACGAUGAUGAGGAGCAUCCAGCGGGCGAUGCGCUGAACGGCGACAUACGUUUUGCAGAGAGCUCGCGAAGAACAGAAAGCAGGACCGAAGUGCUGUUUCCAAUGCUGUCUUCGUAUCCGCGCGUUUUCCGCUUUGCUGAACACCCGGAUAAGUUGAGCAUAAAGUGUUUAGUCUCCACAACAUCGGCUGUCGCAAGCCGCAUUGGCCUCGUACAGAGCGCAGUACGAGAGAUCAUUGGGCUCGAAGACAGGGAAACACUUUGCGACAGCCUUGCGAGUAUUGCCGAGGAAUACGAAGAGGGAUUCAGUGACGUUGAGAGCUACGACGAAGAUUGA